UUAAGUUCUCUUAAAAGAAUGUAAAUCCUUUCUUGACGACUUUGUUUCCGCGUUUGUCUAGAUUGCCGGACGCAGGAGUGAUAUUCCAGGUCAACACGACUGUUACCGAUGUUGACGAUGUCAAACAAGCCAUGUUCGGCGAGUCUUCAGACAACAGACUGGGACAGUUUACUUUAGAUGGGAAUGACACAACAUUUGGGGCGAUAUCUUUACUGGUGGCCCUGCCAGACUGCAGCUCAAACAGCACCCACAACUGCAGUUCCAAUGCAGACUGCAAGGAGGAGUACUUUUACUUCAGCUGCAGAUGCAAGGAUGGCUACACUGGCAAUGGGACACACUGUGAAGCUGUGGAGUCCAACUACAUCUCCUUCAAGAUCCUGGACCUGGAUCCCACCAAAGACUAUGACAACAAAACAUCAGCCGACUAUCUGGAGCUGACAGAGUUGUUAGAAGAACUGGUCAGGAACAUCACAGGGGACAUUCUCUCUGUAGAGUUGUUUGAUGUCAGGCUACCAGAUGCAGGAGUGAUUUUCCAAGUCACCACCACUGUAUCAGAUGCAGCUGAAGUUGAACAGAAAAUCUUUGAGGAGGCUUCAGAUGACAGACUUGGACAGUUCACCUUGGAGGGAAAUGCAACAACAUCGGGUGAUAUCUCUCUCCUAGUGGCAUUGCCUGACUGUGCUUCUAACAGCACCCACAACUGCAGUUCCGAUGCAAUCUGCAGGGAGGAGUAUCUGUACUUCAGCUGUGAAUGUAAAGACGGCUACAUUGGAAAUGGAACCUACUGUGAAGCUUUGGAGUCCAACUACAUCUCCUUCAAGAUCCUGGACCUGGAUCCCACCAAAGACUAUGAGAACAAAACAUCAGCCGACUAUCAGGAGCUGACAGAGUUGUUAGAAGAACUGGUCAGGAACAUCACAGGGGACAUUCUGUCGGUGGAGCUGUUUGAUGUCAGACUGCCCGAUGCAGGGGUGAUAUUCCAGAUCAACACCACAGCAGCUGAUGUAGACAGUGUGAAACAGGACAUUCUUGAGGAAACAGCAGAGGAUACUCUUGGUGACUUCACUGUUCAAGGGAAUGCUACAACCUUUGGCCCUAUUUCUCUCUUGGUGGCACUACCAGAAUGUGACGAUGCAAGCACAAACAACUGCAGUUCUGGUGCAGACUGCCAGGAGGAGUACCUGUACUUCAGCUGUGCCUGUAAAGAAGGAUUUACUGGGAAUGGAACUACCUGUGAAGAUAAUGAUGAAUGCGGUAAUGGUGCAGCAGACUGUGACUCUAACGCUGUCUGUACCAACAUCCCUGGUUCCUACACCUGCCGAUGUGACUCUGGUUUCCAUGGCAAUGGGACCUUUUGUAAAGAGGUGACCAAUCAGUACAUAGCAUUCCGGAUGACUGACUUGGACCCAACCAUAGACUACAACAACACAUCCUCACCUGAAUACCAGGCUCUCAAAAACCUGCUGGAAGAACUGGUCGGAAACAUAUCAGCUAAUAUCAUAGGUGUGGAACUGAUGGACAUCAGGUUGCCAGAUGCUGGUGUGAUUUUUGAGAUCAACAUCACUGACAGCUAUGUGAACCAGGUGAAGUCUGCUGUGUUUGCAGAGGGGGGUGAUGGGACUCUGGGCAUGUUUGCUGUAGCAGACAAUGAUACAACAUUUGGGGACAUAUCCUUGAAGGUUGCUCUACCGGAGUGCAGUGAUGGAACAAACAACUGUAGUCAUCUGGCCAACUGUACAGAAAGAUAUCUGUACUUUGACUGUGACUGUUUCAAAGGCUAUGCUGGGAAUGGGACAUACUGUGAAGAUGUGGAUGAGUGUGCCCUUGAACUAGACAACUGUGACGACAAUGCCAUCUGUGACAACACCCCUGGCUCAUUCACAUGUCAGUGUGAAAAUGGCUACCUGGGCAAUGGAACAGUCUGCAAACGCAUUGUAUCCACAUAUGCAUCAUUUAAGAUGCCAAAUCUACAGCCAGUACAGGAUUACAAAGAUGAAAAUUCUACAGCAUACAAGGCUCUGGAAGACUUUUUGGUGUCACUUGUGGGAAACAUGUCAGAUGAGGUCACUGGAGUUAAGCUACUGGAUGUCAGGUUCCCAGAGGGAGGAGUAGUGUUGGAGCUGAGAGUGACAGAAGAUGAGCUGGCUGACGUGUACGAUGCCAUCGUGGCCGAGGGUCUGGAUGGGAUGGUCGGUCCCUACACUGUGGAGGGGAACGCCACCACAGUCGGAAACAUCUCCCUGCUGGUAGCCUUACCCGAGUGUAACAACACCAUCACUAAUGACUGUGAUCCUGAGGCCACCUGUGUGGAGGAGUACCUGUUCUACACCUGUGUAUGUAACCAUGGAUACACGGGAGAUGGACAACAAUGCACAGAUAUCGAUGAAUGCCAGCUGAACCUAGACAACUGCCAUGCUGACGCUGACUGUACCAACCUCCCAGGAUCCUUCAGGUGUGACUGUAAGGACGGGUUCUACGGAAAUGGAACACAUUGUGAAGCCAUUGUUGCCAACUAUGCCUCCUUCAAGCUGCUGGACUUGGACCCCAACAUCAAGUACUCAGACCCAACCUCCCCUGGGUACCAACAGCUGAAGGAACAGAUACAGGACUUGGUGAGAAACGUCUCCGAUGCUGUUGUAUCAGCUGAAGUACUGGAGGUGAGGCUACCUGAUGGUGCAGUGGUUCUCCAGGUGAACACGACAGUCACACAGGUGGACAGUCUCAGGAGAGACAUCCUGGAUACAACUACUGACGGCACACUGGGAGAUCUACCUGUGGAUGGCAACCUCACCACUUUUGGGGACAUCUCUCUCCUAGUGGCUCUCCCAGACUGCAGCUCAGACACUACCAAUAACUGCAGUUCCAAUGCCACCUGCAAGGAAGAGUACUUCUACUUCAGCUGUGAAUGCAAAGAUGGCUUUACUGGAGAUGGUGUCAGUUGUCAAGAUAUAGAUGAGUGUUCGCUGGGUUUAGACGACUGUCACAGCAAUGCUGACUGCAGAAACACUGAAGGCUCCUACACAUGCGCCUGCUCAAGGGGCUUCACUGGGAAUGGAACAUUCUGUACAGCUAUAACAGGAACAACAACAAUUCAACCUACAGUAACUGGAACAGCUGUUGACGGAGGUUGGAGUCUGUGGAGCGGCUGGUCCAACUGUUCAGCCAGCUGUGGGGUCGGCACGCAGGAGAGAACACGCCAGUGCGACAGCCCCCCUCCCCAACAUGGCGGCCGGGACUGUAGGGGACCGGACAGACAGGAAAGGCUGUGUUUUAGUGGACAAUGUCCCCCUGGGUUUAUUGACUGGUGCAGUGAUGCGGAGGACAGGUGUGGCCAGGUGAGCCAUGGAGGAGUCUGCACCCUGGCAGGGGCCGGCUACACCUGUUCAUGUCAGGUCGGCUGGCAAGAGGUCAGGUCAACGGAUCGUACCAUGUUUUUAAGAUGUGAAGAUGUAGAUGAGUGUGCUACUGGCCAGCACGACUGUAACAGCACCUUCUCCAGGUGUGUGAACAACCUGGGAAACUACACCUGUGCCUGUCUGCCUGGGUUCACACAGGUGGAGGGGACAUGCGAAGAUAUAAAUGAGUGCACAGCUGGAGGCCCCCGUCGGUGUGACCGUAAUGCUGCCUGUACUAACCUAUACGGCAGCUACUCCUGUGUGUGUAAUGAUGGGUACAUCAGUAGGGUGCAGGACGGCACUGGCUUCCCCGGACAGUGUAAAGAAAAGCGACUGUUCCCAUAUGGAGAAGCAGAGGGAGAUCUGUUGCUGUACAAUGACUCAGCAGCUACAGGAGAAAUGGUUUCACCCAUCAUAGGGGUGCAACAUGGCAUCCCGCUACGGAACGGGAAACUCUGCAACUCUAUCUAUGUGACAGAAAACGGCGUCCUGGCCCUGAACGACAGGAUAACCGAGCACGAGACCGGAGACAAGGAGACCUACAGGAACCCUGAACCGCUCAACGACAUCUUCGAGUCCAACAGAACGGAGACGUGCGCAGUCCUGGCAGCCUUCUGGGCCAACAACAGGUUCACUGACCUGGAGCCUGGGAGGAACCCGAAGGUCUGGUACCACGUGUACUCGCAUAGCAAUGAGCCAAUGUUUGACAUAGUGGACCGUGCCAUCCUCAGUAACUUCACCACCCUGCCCAACUAUCACUCCGAGUUCAUUCUAGUGGCCACCUGGCAGGACAUGGCACCUCCAUGGAGAGCAGAUGCCUCACAGUUCAACACGUUCCAAGCGGUGCUAGCCACAGACCACCACCACACGUUUGUGCUGUACCGUUAUGAAGAUGCUGAGAUGACCUGGGUACCUGUGUAUGAUGAAGAACAUGUCCAGCACCAUCGGUAUCCAGCCAGGAUUGGUUAUGUUAUCCGGCUGCCACUGUAUGAUGUGGAGGACCCAAACUCCGGAGAGUGGUCCAGACAUGCGGGAGAAGCGAAUGCCUACCGGAUGGAGCGGAAAGUCAGCCCGACCACAGGCCGGCUGGGGAGGGUCAUCUACCAACUGGACGACAACGACAACAGCUAUGUCAACCCACGCUGA